GUAAUUUCCAGACGCAAUAUUCUAGAAGGACACGUCGGCAUCAGCGAGAAGUGCGUGGCUAUAUAAGCCGUGGCAGCGCCAACGUAAUCAUUCAGUGCUAAGAGUAAACUGCUAUAGUGUAGACGAGUUGUGAAAUAAAGAGUUGUUGAAUUAAAUUAAACAGUGUUUGUUUUAUUUGUCAAUCCAGAGAUACGAACCUAACAAAGUAAACUAGCAAGCAGUAAAUUCGUAACAAUUGGUGUCAGAAGUGGGAUUGUCAAAUAAUCCAAAUUCAAGAUGGUUAAAUUCGGAGAAUUGAGAAUUCAGCAAUUAAAAAAGGAACUGGAGGAGCGUAAUUUGCCGAUAAGCGGGCAAAAGGCGGAUCUGCAGGCACGAUUACGUGAAGCAAUGGAAGCGGAUGGAAUUAAUGUGGACGAGUUCGAAUUUGAUGGGCCAGAAACUUCUACAAAGAUAGAAGAAAAAGUAGAAGAACAACGAACAUCAUCAAGUAUAGACACGAACAUGCUGUUAGUGGCUAUGAAGCAAAUAAUAGCUGAAAAUACAUCACAGUUAAAGUCUUGCCUUACGCAACAAAUGACUGAAAAUAAUACGCAGUUAGAAAAGCGUUUGGUACAACAGAUUACAGAAAAUAAUACACAAGUGCAACAGAAAUUUUCAAAAUUUGAAGACGAAUUAAGAACGUUAAAAAAUGAAAAAGAAAAUUUAAAAUCAGAAGUUCUUCAAUUAAGUAAUCGUGUGCGAGAACUGCAACUACAUGGCCCUGCACCAUCAACAAAUAAUCAAAGAUUGAAGGCACUCACAUUCGAUGGAAGUAUUCCAUUUCAAAUUUUCAAACUUCAGUUUGAAAAGACAGCAAUGGCCAAUAACUGGAAUGCAGCGGACAAAGUGGUGUCUUUGUUUGUAUCAUUGAAAGGACCUGCGGCAGAAAUCCUUCAGACUAUUCCAGACUGUGAACGGGACAACUAUGAGGCAUUGAUGAGUGCGAUAGAAAGACGAUAUGGUAGUGAGCACCGGAAACAAAUAUACCAGAUCGAACUGCAAAAUAGGGGUCAGAAAAUGAACGAGUCAUUGCAAGAGUUCGCAACUGAAAUAGAACGACUGGCUCAUUUGGCAAAUGCAGAUGCACCUGUGGAUUACAUUGAGAGGGUGAAAAUUCAAAGUUUCAUAAAUGGAAUUCGUGAUGUGGACACCAAACGCGCCACAUAUGCAUUGCCAAAAAGAACGUUUGCUUAAACGGUUUCGCACGCCCUCACACAGGAAACAGCUUCCCUACUAAGUAAACCAGCACACAAAGUACAAAGGGUUGAAAUGGAACAACCGGCGCUGAUGGAAGAAAUAUUGAAGACUCUGAAGACAAUUGCUGCACCGCGAGUAAAUACAACAGGCAGAUGUUUCAACUGUGGAAAAGCGGGUCACUUUGCCCGAAAUUGCAAUAUAAAAGUAAACCCAUCAAAACGGAAACAACCAACAGAUAACGAGGACGAAGCAUCCACAUCUCACAAGUCGUUAAACUAAAACGGAACAGUUCAAAGGGGCGUGAGCUGGUUCCCACAACUAUUUGCCCCGCCAUCUCGAUAUCACAAAUAGGUCGCCAUGACAACAAUCUUACUAUCAACGGCAUCGUAAAUGGACGACUGUCAACGCUUACUUUGGAUACUGGUGCCACACAUUCAAUUAUCCGACCGGAUGUGGUAAGAGGGAACGGUUGAACCAUUAGUCGGUUGCAAGCUUCGAACGGCCACCGGGGAGGAAGCAGCUGUCGCGGGAAAAGUGUUUUGCGAAGUGAUGAUUGGUACCCUGGAAGUUAAUCACACCUUCAUCGUAGCAGAAAUCACGGAUGAAAUUAUAAUGGGAGUAGAUUUCAUGAUUGAUCACGGGGUUACUUUGGAUUUAAACAAGCAAAUGCUGUUUUGCCAGAACAUGGAGAUGCCUAUAAACACCGGAUAUGUGACUAACGUUGAAAGUAAGAGGGUGAUUGUUGA